UUAAACUCUUUAUUAUAAAUUUUCAUUAUUGUUGAUUUAAAACCACUACCAGACAAAACUAAAAUCAUUUCAUACAGACCCAGAUUCUGCUUAAAUAGUGGUCUGAGUCUCUCUACUCUCCUCUCCACUCCAUUUUCAUCUUCCUCUUCUAUCUCUCUCUCUCUUACUAUUUUAAUAAACCCAAAAAAGUUUCUCCAUGUGGACAUUCACGGCGAGCUGGUUGACACCCAGCUCACUCUUCCUCUUCCUCAACCUCAUGAUUGGAACCUUAUUUCUCAUGUCUCGUUUUGGGACCCGGAAAACUCCUACCCACGACCAACUCCGACCACACGGCUCGCCCCAACUUGUUCGAUCAGGCUCACUAUUGGAACGUGUCAAAUCCUUCAACCUCUCCCUCUACAAAUUCGAGUCAUCGCCUGCCGUCGAAACCGUGUAUCACCACCAUCCUACAGACCCAGAUAAUUACCCGACCCACCCGACUCAACUGGGCCGCUCUCCUUCGUUUUUGGAGCGCUUGAGAUCCGUCGAUUUGUCUUACGUCUACAAAUUCGACCAUCAACAAACCCACCCUGAACCCGAACCUGAAACAGUUCGGCAUGAAGAGAAAACUCCGGUGCAGAAUCACAUGGAGCAGGAUCAUUACCCGGUUCGGUUUCAGAACCCGAUCCAGCCGCCUCAACUUGUCCGUACUCCUUCGUUUUUAGAGCGUCUGAGAUCUAUCGACUUAUCUUACGCCUACAGAUUCGACCAUCAACAAACCAAUCCGGCACCGGAAUCAAAGACUGCUCGGGAUCCGAACCCGCUCGAGGACCACUCUCACGAACCCGCUCACGUGACGAGAAGCAAGUCGGAGUCGGAGUCUCACGGCGCCCACGCCGAGAAGAAGAGCCAGACAGAAAUGAUGACGAAAUCGGCCAGCGAAAAAAUGGGGCAAGGUGUCAGAAACAGUUCUAAUAAAGACAAAAAAGACAACGACGAAGAAGAAGAGGAGGAGGUCGUCGAGGCAGUUGAGCGGCGGAGGCCGGCGACAACGAGGGUGGAGAGAAGGAGUUGUAAUAAUGGUGGCGAAACGACGUCGGUUAAUGAAUUUGAUGACGGAGUUGACGCUAAGGCUGACGACUUUAUCAAUAGAUUUAAACAGCAACUGAAGUUGCAGAGACUCGAAUCGUUUAAACGGUUCAGUGAAAUGUUAUCAGGGAAGUAGCUAGUUUACAAUGGAGAAUCUAUCAUUUAAAGCUUUUUGCAUUUUUUAUUUUCUUUUUAUUACUUUUUUAUCCAGUUAUAAGCUGUUAAAUCUAUAGAAUGGGUUAUAUGGGUAAUUUGGUAAUUUUCCCUAGUCGAUGAGGUUGACUUGACUGUGUUGAAUACUGCUAUGGGUUAAUUCAUGGUGACUGAUGAGUAGUGAUAAAAGCAUAGUGGAGUAUAGGGAAGAAAGGAGGAUCGAAUAUCGAGGUGAGGAUUUGUGUUGGGUCAGAUACCGAAGAAGAGGAUGAAAAAGUGUAACAGCUACACUGUGAAAUGACCGUUAUGGUGUUAACGGCUUUUGUUAAAUAAUAUUGAACUCCAUUCUGUCCUUUUCUUUGUUAAAACUCGUUGUUUGCUGUGAUUGUAUUGUAACCUUAUGGUUUAAUUUUUGAAAUUUUAUCUUUAUAAUGAUUUUAGAAUGUAAUCACCUCCACACCCUGAGUAAAUAUUAGAGUUGGAUUAA